AUGAAACUAGUAAAUCAUAUGGCAGUGGUCAUGCCCAAGAGAUGGUACCGCUCGCGGAGGGUACAAGUCACGUUCGCGCUCGUCAUCAUACUCUGCGUGUUCUACUACAUCACGCUGAACGACGACCUGCACCGGGAACCGAAUCUGGACCUCACUAGGCGAGAGUCAGUGGUUGAAUACAUCGAGAAGAAAUUGGCGGAGGCAUUGAAAGAGGACAAGGGCACGGGUUGCGAGAUCCCCGAUUUGGACCCCUUCGCCAAGGAGGUCACCCAGUUCGACAAGGACCUUCCCAAGGUGGUCUGCCAGGGGAAGGACUGGGUGAAAUGCUACCACGCAGAGUGCAGGGUGAUCGACGAGAUACGGGAGACGAUGACGGGCAUCGAGUGCACGUACAACGACAUCGUCUACAUAAACGACGACAAGUACGAGAUCGGCCCAGACGCUGUGGUCCGCGGCGCCGGCGUCUACCGGCUCAGGAAGAGCGACCACGUCAAGAUCAAGUGCACGGGGAACCACGCCAACAGCAUACUGCCAUCGAAAUGGAAGGGCCACGGCGUCGGGUUCCGGUCUACGGUGCGUCCACAGACCCCGCCCCCUGGCAGGGAGGGCACCUUGAAUGUGCUGAUACUGGGAUUCGACUCGACGUCCCACAACGGUUUCGUGAGGCGAAUGCCGAAGAGCUACCGCGUGCUGCUCGACGAGCUGCAGGCCACCGUGCUAAACGGCUACAACAUCCUGGGUGAUGGGACACCGGCUGCCUUAUUCCCAAUCCUUACUGGGAAGACUGAGCUGGAGCUCCCCGACGUGAGGAAGAAGAUGAAGAACAACGGGACCCUCGAUUCGAUGCCCUUCAUCUUCUACACGCUUAAAGAAGACGGGUACCGCACGGCGUACUUCGAGGACAUGCCGUGGAUCGGCACGUUCCAGUACCGCUUCAACGGCUUCAGGCGGCAGCCGGCCGACCACUACCUGCGCUCCUUCUACCUCGAGGAGUCGAGCAGCGGCAAGAAGUGGUGGCACCUCGGUGCCAACAAGUACUGCGUCGGCGACACGCCGCAGUACCGGCUCAUGCUCAACAUCACCGACCAGUUCCUGAAGCUGGACGGCAAGCGGUUCUGCUUCACGUUCAUCGCGGACAUCACCCACGACGACUUCAACAUGAUCUCGACGGCGGACGAGGACCUGGCGCGGUUCCUGCGCGACUUCCAGCGCCAGGGGCGCACCGAGGACACGCUGCUCCUGCUCAUGGGCGACCACGGGCCCAGGUACGCGAAGGUGCGCGACACGCUGCAGGGCAAGCUGGAGGAGCGGUUGCCGCUCAUGGCGGUGGCGCUGCCGGCGCGGCUGCGGCGGGCGCGGCCCGCGGCGCAGCGCGCGCUCGAGGCCAACGCGCGCGCGCUGGCAACGCCGCACGACGUGCACGCCACGCUGCUCGACGCGCUGGGGCUGGCGCGGCUGGCCGGCGCCGCCAGGGUGCCCGGCGCCGACCUGCCGCGCGCGCUCUCGCUGCUCGACCCGGAGGAUAAGGGUGACGGCGCCGGCCUGCCGCGCGCGCUCUCGCUGCUCGACCCGAUCCCCCUGAACCGGUCCUGCAGCGAGGCGGGGAUCGAGCCGCACUGGUGCGCCUGCCUGGCCUGGCGCAACGUGUCCAGGGACGACCCCAUGUUCCAGAGGAGCGCGGACGCCCUGCUGGCCUACAUCAACUCGCUCACGGAGGGCGUCAGGGAGGCGUGCUCGGAGCGCGCGCUGGCGCUGGUGGCGUGGGUGGUGCGGCGGCGCGCCAACGGGCGGCUGCUGGCCUUCGUGGCGGCCAAGGACGCGGACGGCUACGUGGGCCGCUUCGGCGCCACCAGCCGCCCGCCGCAGGAGGACUACCAGCUCAAGAUCGUGGUGGGCCCCGGCAGAGGGGUGUACGAGGCGUCGAUAACCUACGUCACCGCAGACGACCGCUUCGUGAUCGACGAACGGGACAUAUCCAGGACCAACGCGUACAACGACGAGCCGAGCUGCAUCAGCGCCACCCAUCCGCACCUCAACAAGUACUGCUACUGCAACGAC